AUGAGCUCCAGGUUCACCAAGAUUUACUUCAUUACUGCUGAUACAGAGGAGUCCAUCCAAGCCUGUCUGUUUGACAUUGCCAUAGACAAUGGACUUGGGAAUCCUCAAGAUUGGAGAAGUGGGAUUCACUGGCUAAAUACCCAUGAGGAAAAUUGGUUGAUUAUCAUGGACAAUGCAGAUGAUCCAAGGAUCCCUUUGAGAAGAUAUUUUCCACCAUGUGAACAUGGAAACAUUAUCAUUACCUCAAGAAAUGCUGAAUUACAAAAUGCAGUGGGCCAGUCCCUGGAGCUUUGGGAUAUGAGCCCUUCUGAAGGUCUUCAACUACUUGUGAAGCAUGCAGUCAAGGGGCCUUUGAAUAAAGUUCAGCAUAAACAUGCUGCCCAGAUUGCUAAAGAGCUGUACUACUUUCCAUUGGCACUGGUACAAGCAGGAGCAUACAUAUUGAAGCAAAAUUGCCUCCUCACAUACUCUAGCAGACUGAAAAGUCAGCGCAGACAAUUAAUGGAGAGAAAGCUUACCCAGUUCCGGGAUAAAUAUCAGCUUUCUGUUUAUGCCACUUGGAACCUCAGCUGGAAUAUGCUGAGUGAGAAGAGCCAAAAGCUACUAGAAAUAUGUUCUCAUCUUCAUCAUGAAAAAAUCCCUCGGCAAUUAUUUGAA